UAACAUUUCGAUCCAAAAAAAAAUAUUGCAAAGCCGACAUUCCGAAUCACUGUUUAACAACACAAUUCAGAAUAAAUUUUGAAAUAACAAAAUUAAUUAAUUUUAAUCAACUGGUCAGACGUUGGACAGAAAUAUGACGGCUCAAUUUACACAGAUAGCCAAUUUGUUGGAAAAGGCCACUUCCAAUGACAAAGAUUUUCGCUUUAUGGCCACCAACGAUUUGAUGAAUGAAUUGCAAAAGGACAGCAUCAAGUUAGACGAUGAAAUCGAGAAGAAAGUGGUCAAAAUGGUCCUACGAUUGUUGGAAGACAAGAAUGGUGAAGUUCAAAAUCAAGCGGUCAAGUGUCUCGGUCCCGUUGUAAAUCGGGUCAAAGAGAUGCAAGUGGAAAUGAUUGUCGACUCACUGUGCACGAAUAUGGUGUCGAAUGACGAACAGUUGCGCGAUAUAUCCAGCAUUGGCCUGAAAACCGUCAUCUCGGAAAUGCCACAGAACUCAAACUCAUUGGCACCGAAUGUAUGCCAACGAAUCACCGGUAAAUUGAGCAAUGCCAUUGAAAAGGAAGACGUAUCGGUCAAGCUGGAAGCAUUGGAUAUACUGGCCGAUUUGCUGAUCAGAUUCGGAGAACUGUUGUAUUCAUUUCAUGAGACCAUUUUAAAAGCACUGGUUCCGCAGCUCGCUUCUCCACGACAAGCUGUUCGUAAGCGCACCAUUGUUGCACUGUCACACUUACUCAUCACAUGCAGUAAUUCGUCGUACAACAAAGUCAUUCAACAUCUUCUGGACGGAUUGGAGAAGCGACAGAAUCCGGCUACAAUUCGCACUCACAUCCAGUGUUUGGCAUCGAUUUGUCGCCAAUCCGGCUACCGUCUGUGCAAUCACAUUGAUCGUGCAAUGACCGCAAUGGCUGAGUACAGUAGCCAAGAAGAUGAUGAGCUACGUGAAUAUUGCUUGCAAGCAUGCGAGGCAUUUGUGUCUCGAUGUCCCGAGGCUAUCGCACCGCACAUACCUGUCGUCGUCAAAAUUUGCCUCAAUUACAUUACCUACGACCCAAACUAUAACUAUGAGGCCGAUGACGGCGAUGCCAAUGCAAGCAUGGACACAGAGGAAGACGAAGACAUUGACAGUGAAGAGUACAGUGACGAUGAUGAUAUGAGUUGGAAGGUCCGUAGAUCGGCUGCCAAAUGUUUGGAAGCGGUAAUUGCCACUCGAACCGAAUUGCUAGACGAAUUCUAUCGAACAUUGUCGCCGGCCCUGAUUGGUCGGUUCAAAGAACGCGAAGAAAACGUUAAAUCGGACAUUUUUCAUGCCUAUGUUGCGUUGCUGAAGGCGACACGAUCACAGGAUGAUGUCACAAAUGAUCCGGACUCAAUGGAACAGGUGUCGGGACCGAUAAGUUUGUUACAGGAACAAGUACCAAAUAUUGUGUCAGCGGUGCAACCGCUGAUGCGUGAGAAAUCGGUCAAGACACGACAGGAUUGCUUUCUGCUGUUGAAGGAAUUAUUGAUCGCUUUGCCCGGUGCACUGUCAAAUCAUAUGGAACAAGUCAUUCCCGGCGUUCAGUUUUCACUUGCUGACAAAAAUUCCACGUCCAACAUGAGAAUCGAUGCCCUGGGCUUCGUUUGUUUCAUUCUGCAGAGUCACAAUCCGCAGAUCUUUCAUCCGUACAUCAAAAUGCUGGUACCUUUGGUGGUGAAUGCAGUUUUCGAUCCAUUUUACAAAAUCUCAACAGAGGCCCUGCUGGUCUUGCAACACUUGGUCAAAGUGAUUCGUCCACUUGAUGUUCAAACGAAUUUCGAAUUUACACCAUUUGUGCUUCCAUUGUACGAAUGUACGGUGCAAAAAUUGGACGCCCAGGAAGUCGAUCAGGAAGUGAAGGAUCGGGCCAUCGCCUGUAUGGGCCAAAUAAUCGCCAACAUGGGAGACGUUUUGAAACAGAACCUGGACUUUUGUAUGCCAAUAUUCCUGGAACGUUUGCGCAACGAAGUAACACGAUUGAGUGCCGUCAAAGCACUAACAAUGAUCGCCGCUUCACCGCUUCGUGUCGAUUUACGGUCAAUUCUGGCCGAAGUUAUUCCCGUUCUCGGUUCAUUUCUGCGGAAAAAUCAACGGGUGCUCAAACUGAACACACUGUCACUGCUCGACACAUUGGUCAACAACUAUUUUGCGAACAUGAAUCCACAGAUGCUACAAACGGCAAUCGUCGAAACUCCACCGCUAAUAUCGGAAGUCGAUCUGCACAUUGCCCAAUUAACGUUGGUCCUUCUAACAUCCGUUGCACAUAAGCAUCCACAUGCUAUGAUUGGCUACGAGCCCAUUUUAACCGAAGUUAUGUCUCUGGUUCGGUCACCUCUGCUGCAAGGCGCCGCACUACAGUGUACGAUGAAUUUGUUUCAAGUCCUGGUCCAAGCCAAAUUACCUGGACUGGGCUACCGACAAUUGUUGGAUAUGCUACGUGCACCGGUUUUGAAUGCCCAGCCAGCGCAUCCGCUACAUAAACAGGCUUACCACUCAUUGGCAAAAUGUGUGUCGGCAUUGACAAUACAAGUACCAAAUGAAGCGAUUCCUCUGGCAGCUGAACUACUAGAAGACAUUCAAAACCGUCGUAGCGAUGCGCAUUUAAUGUUUUGCCUCUUGACCAUUGGCGAAAUCGGAAGACAUUUCAAUUUGAAUUCAAUUGAAAUGUUGCCCCAAUGCAUCAUCGGAUGUUUUGGUGCGUCGUCCGAAGAUGUUAAGGCUGCUGCAAGUCAUGCUCUUGGAGCCGUGGCCGUCGGAAAUCUGAAUUAUUAUCUCCCAUUCAUACUCAACGAAAUCGAAGUGCAGCCGAAGCGUCAAUACCUGUUGCUUCAUUCAUUGAAGGAAUUGAUCACUUCGUUAACAAACGCACCGAACGGCUUGCAACAGUUACUGCCUUCAGUGCCGUCGAUUUGGACGCAGCUAUUCAAACACUGCGAGUGUUCGGAGGAAGGAUCUCGUAAUGUUGUCGCUGAAUGCUUGGGAAAAUUAGUGUUGGUAAAUGCAGAAGAGUUACUGCCAUGCCUACAGCAAGCUCUACAUAGUGAAAGUGCAAUGAUGCGAACGGCAGUUGUGUCUGCCAUCAAAUUCACAAUAUCCGAUCAACCGCAACCAAUCGAUGGAAUGCUACGACAAUGCAUCGGCCAAUUUUUAUUCACUCUGCAAGACCCCGAGCCGACAGUUCGACGAGUUGCGCUGGUUGCAUUCAAUUCAGCCGUUCAUAAUAAGCCGAGCUUGGUCAGAGACUUGUUGCCGGAAUUGUUGCCGUGGCUGUAUUCGGAAACCAAAGUUAAGAAAGAAUUGAUUCGCGAGGUGGAGAUGGGUCCGUUCAAGCACACCGUUGACGACGGAUUGGAUAUAAGAAAGGCGGCAUUCGAAUGCAUGUACACGUUGCUCGAGCAGGGACUGGAGCGUGUGGAUGUGAUGCAGUUUUUGGAGCAUGUACAGGCCGGUCUGAAGGACCAUUACGACAUUAAAAUGUUGACCUACUUAAUGACAGCACGCUUAGCUACUUUGUGUCCGAAUGCUGUUUUACAAAGACUGGAUCAGUUUGUGGAGCCAUUGAAAACCACCUGUACGCUUAAAGUGAAGGCAAACUCAGUUAAACAGGAAUACGAGAAACAAGACGAACUCAAGCGUUCCGCUCUGCGAGCUCUGGCUGCGCUAGCAUUGAUUCCGAAGGCUGAUAAAAAUCAACAGUUGGCUGAAUUUUUGAAAUUCAUCAAAGAAUCGGCCGAUUUGCUCGCAAUUUUCCAUUCAGUGCAGAAAGAUUCGACAACAAAUAACAAUUUAGAUAAUUCGUCGAUGGAUCAAAGCUAAACGUUACGUUACGUCUUCGUUCGUUCAUCAUCAAUAAUGUCGUUAAAAUUCUUCUGUUCUUCUUGCUCCCAUUAAUUUCUAUUUAAAAAUUAUUGUUGUAUGACAGUCUGUCACACAUUCAUUUACCCACUUUUAUCAUUUCCGACGUGGUCACACUACCAACGUCCUCAUCAAGCAAUUGAAUUCGUAAAAUGGAAUCUUUUUCUGAUCGAUGAUUUAUCUCCUAUUUUCAUUUAUAAAUCGCAUCGGUUGCAAUGAUAAUAAUGAUACGAAAAUGACGAUGUUACAUGAUUUCUUUUUCACAAAUUUACUAAACAUUAAAAACAAA